AUGUUGAAGUUCUUACCCUUAAUACCAAUCAUAGUGUUAUCAUACAUUGGAGCUUUCCAAUACUUGAUCUGUCCACGUAUCGACAGUCUUCAAUCUCCAACUUCCAUAGAUUUCUUCAACACCGUUUCCAAUACUUACCUCAAUUCAAAUUGUAAGGUAAUUGAUGAGAUCAAUCAUGAAAACAUCAACUCCAUCAUCGAUAACCUUGAAUUCAGGUAUAAGAUCUUUAUCAAGCCCCGUAUUAAUUAUUUCACUUACUUUGUGGUACCUAAGAUCAAAUUACAUCUUCAGAUCUAUGCAGCCAAAGUUCAACUUUGGUAUUAUCAGACACUUCCUUAUGUCAAUCAAUUCAAGAUGGUUGUUUGUCAAAAGUUCUAUGAAUUCAAAUUGUUUGUUAUCAAUUCUUCAUUCUACAGAACCUAUGUGAAUAUCUACGUUAACAUUGUUUACAAUUACGUAGAAGAGUUCUUCGGUAAGUUCCUUCAAUCUACCGAUAUUGUUAAUAAGAAGAAUUUCUUAAUGAGUGAAUUCAAAAGUUUGUAUCAUAGAAAGAUCAAGAAAGUUAAACCUAAUAUCGAUGUUAGUAAUGUUGUAGAUAUUGCCAAUGAUAUUUUGAAUGAAGAAUCCGAUGAUGAAGAACCAAUAACUAUCAGAUUAACUUCAACUAUCUAUGAAGUUAUGUCUACAGGAUUACCCAUUGAGAAUGAAAUUAACCAAUUGAUCAAUAAUUUCGAACAACAAAUCAACAGAACCAUUGAUUUAGCAUUAAUCAACAUUUCUAAUGAAAUAAAUCCAAAGAUUAACUUCACUAUUGAGAGAAUCAGACCUGAAUUGACAGAAAAUUUCAAAUUUAUUCAAAAGGAGAAUUAUAAUUUCUAUAAGAAAUCCCAUGAAUUGAUCUCUAAGAUCGAUAAAGAUUUGUCUAACUUGAAAGAAUCAGGUAUUGAUAGUUAUACUGAAGUUGUUAGUAGACAAGAUAUGAGAGAUGUCAUUGCUGAUUGUAGACAAUUCAAUGAAGAUCAAUUUAAUAAGAUUGAAGGUAUAAUUAAUGAAAGUUUUGAAAGUUUGAUCAAUGAAUAUCUUUCAAUCAUUCAAGAGACCAUCAAUAUUCUUGAAUCUUUUGCUGAAUCUUCAUUCACCAACUUCUCUAAUGAAUUGACUCAAGUGAUUAAAGAUUCAAAAGAUGAAACUUUUAAUUGGCAAUCAUGGAAGAAGUUCAAUAAUUUGAAGAAUUUAUUAUUUGAUAAGAGAGAUUUCAUCUUUGACCAGUCUCAUUACUUGAAGAAUAAACAGUAUGAUAAGUUGACUGAUUCGGAUUUUUCAAAUUGGUUGAAAUUCUUAUCAGAAAUCACCAUGCACAUUAAUUUCUUACAUCAAGAUAACAAUGAAUACUUACAAUUGAUCCGAGCCAAAGCUAAUAUUAGUUAUCAAUUGAGAGAAGCUGAAGAAGCCCGGUUGAAGGAGGCUAAGGCUGGGGAGAUUGAGGAGCCAGUAGAACAAGAAUUUUCCAUUCUUCCAGUAGAUGAGCCAGUAGAAGAGCCAGUAGAAGAAGAAUUUUCUAUCCUUCCAGUGGAUGAAGCUAAAGAACAAGAUGUUUCUAUACUUCCAGUAGAUGAACCGGUGGAAACUGCGGCAGAACAAGAAGUUGAAGAAGCUGGAGAAGAGGAAGUAGAACAAGAAGUAGAAGAAGUUGAAGAAGAAGAAUACGAAGAAGAAGAAUACGAAGAAGAAGAAGAAGAAGAAGAAUAUGACGAUAUUGCCAUUCCUUCUGAUGGAGAAAUCGACGAUAUCGAAGUUGAUACUGAUGUCGAUAUAGAUCCCGAAGAUUAA